AUGUUGCAGACACGUCUUGGAUUUGGUGCUCUUCGUCAAAGCUCUGUUCUCUUUGCUGCAAGACCCUUUACUUCUAGUUCCGUCCGACAAAUCUUCCCUCCUCCUCCUCAAUCCAUCAAAGGUACCGUCAACGAUGCUACUGUAUUUCCCCCUCCUAGUAAGUUUCACGGAAGCUACCAUUGGAAUUUUGAACGUAUCGUCGCAAUUGGCAUGGUCCCUCAAGUCGUGAUGCCACUUUUCGCUGGUACAUCUCAUCCCAUUUUGGAUGCUGCCCUUGCUUGCACUAUGAUUACGCAUGCUCAUUUGGGAUUUGAAUCAUGUGUUAUUGACUAUUUCCCUAAGCGCAGAUUCCGUCGAAUUGGCCCUCUCGUGCACUGGAUUCUUCGUGGCUUCACAGUCCUCACUUUUAUUGGCGUUUAUGAAUUCAACACAAACGAUAUCGGCUUGACAGAGGGCAUUAAGAAGCUUUGGAAGGCAUGA